UCCUUAGGCUUGCUAGCGGCGUGUAUAAAUCUUUCGCACAAACCCCCACCGGUGGAGGAUUCUUGUCCUGGCAGAGGGUGCGCAUGUGCUUAUGCCAUCCUACGCCAAUAGACAGCAAUCUCUCCAUCAGUCUAGUUCGCGCCUACGCCUUCAGCACCAAAUCUGGUCUGGCAGCCUGCGUGUUUCCUCGCCCUGGCUAGGCCCAGCGAAACUUUCUCAAACACCGACCUAUUCUUAAAGAGAGGUCAGGCGGAACUCAUCUCACACACCUGGCACUUGACCGUGUGGACAAUUCAAUCGUGGCAGACGUGUUUGUCAGCCAUGCUGGCCAUAUCUGCGGCUACCUCCACUGCAGUUCCAUCUCGAUUGGAUCUAGCAUCAUCUCCAUCUACUCCUAUACCCUCUGGUGUGAGCCAUUGUGUUUUGAAGCAUAUGACAUCCAAGAGGCCUAAAUUGUCUCUACAGACCUCCGACAUUCCUCCUACAUAUGUAGCUCAAACGGGUGGCCGGUCUGCGUCGAGAUCUGCCGUUGAAGCGACCCCUACGGGGCUGAACACUUUCACCAAUGCUUUCGACCUCUCAUACAGACCGUCGCCCUCGACAACUCUCCCGUCGCCGGUCAAUUCAUCGAGGAGGAAUCUCACUCAGUCCUCCGGUCCUUACUCAGUCAAUCUACCGCACAAUGUCCAUCCAAUUCUCAAAAACAGCCCUGUUGCAUGGGCAAUUCGACGGUCAUCCCUGGCUGGCGGCGGCGACAGUCCACGUAUAGGCAAUCGCCGGGUCUUCUUUCCCGCUCCAAAACGGGUGUCUUUUCGCACGGUUCUGGAGGAGGAAAUUGUCACCAAAGAUUACGUGGUGAGGCAUGCAGACCUGACUUCAUCCGAAGACGAGACGUCUUGGUCGGAAUCAGAAGAAGACCUCCCUCGUACGCCCCAGAUCCCCUCCCCUGAGACUCUUGAUCGACGGGUUCGGGUCGAUGAGGUUUCGCCAAGAGGGCGAAGGAAACGAACAGCAGCAAACGGGGCUCAGAUGGAACGCGACAGCACGAUUGAGCAGGCCGAAACUUCAACCAUGAUGACGACGAGUGGCACUUGGAAACGGUCGAGGCGGAAAAAACGACGAUGGGAGUGGACCGUCCCCGCGCCACCAAAGUUACCAAAGGUGGCUGAUGAGACUCAGCCCGAUGCGGUUGAUACGAAUAAUGACCAUGAUGACUAUGAUGAGCCGUCGAGAUCAGACUCGAAGAUGAGCCAGAGUGUGGGGAGCAAAGACACGGACCAGGAGGUAGACAACUAACCUGCCACAACGUCGACGCAAUUAUCUCGUCUUGUUGGACAAGAGCUGCGGACCUUUGCCACUUGAUAGCCUUAAUUAAUGAUCAAUAACCAAUUGCC